AUAUUUUGUAUCUUAAUGUGAUACAAAUUAUUACAAUGCUUACUACCUUGACCCUAAUCCCCAACUCCAAGCGUAAGACCCCAAAAUCCCCAAUCACCCAUCCUACGACGGCCCUCUCCAACCGCCCACAGCAGCACUUCUGACCUCACGCCUUCACCCACCGCGACAGGCUCCUCCCCCACUCUUCACAGACGGCGGAUAGUGUUUUAUUUCAUCUCAAAACUGCUGCUGCUGCUGUCGCCAUUUGAUUGAAACUCUAAUUGUUAUUCCCAACUUGCCAACUUUGAGAAGUAAGAAACUCUUCUACACGAUGCUCCCUCUCGCUGCAGCCUACCUGCUAUUGCUAUUCCUCUGACGGUUGCUGCAGUUGACUCGCUGCCUCCUUUCGUCAGUUUUAGAUAAGGAUGUUGAAAUCAGUUUUGUUAAAUGAAACUGUAAGACUCAACUCUAGGCUUUAUGGAGUCACUCAGUCAAGAGGUAUGCACAGUAGAAACAAAAAAGCAAUGGAGUUUAUAGCCAGAGGUUGGAGUGCUAUGAAGGAAGUUGAUCGAGUUAUUGAUUAUUGUGAACUUAAUGACAAACGUCUCAUUCCUCUUCUAAGGGGUGCUAAGGAGAAUUUUGAGUUGGCUUUAGAAGUUGAUAAUUCAAAUACACAUGCACGCUACUGGUUAUCCAAGCUUCACCUUAAAUACCAUGUCCCAGGAGCAUGCAAAGCAGUAGGUGCUGCUUUGCUGGUGGAAGCUGCUGAAAUGGGAAAUCCUGACGCACUGUAUGAAUUAGGUGCCCGCUUAAGAGUAGAGAAUGACUAUGUUCAAUCAUCUCAGCAAGCAUUUUAUUAUAUACAGAAGGCUUCCGAACAGUUACAUUCAGGUGCCCUUUACCUUUUAGGUACUGUGUACUUAACAGGCGACUGUGUAAAACAAGAUAUUGGAUCUGCAAUGUGGUGCUUUCACAGAGCAGCAGAGAAGGGACAUGUUGGUGCAGCUAUAGCAUGUGGGUCUCUUCUCCUUAAAGGUCACAAGGUACCAGAAUUUAUAUCUAAAUUUAACGUGAAGAGACGAAGCAAGACUGUAAAAACAAAUUAUAUGAACUUGGAGGUGAACCCAGUAGAGCUUGCAAAACAGCAGUUUAAGAUUGCUGCAAAUGCAGGAUGUGAUCUUGGAUUUAAGUGGUUAAGUAGACUUGAGGAAGAAGAAAAGCGCAUUUUGAGUGAACAUUAGGUGUUGGAAAUUCUUCUCUAAAAUUUAUAACAUUUGACAGUUUAGAGUUAGAGAAGUCUAUGGUAGUACAAAUUUUUAAGUUUUACAUGUAGCAAUGCAAAAUAGCCGCAAAAAUGAAAAUUUAUGUUCAAUUUGGAUUUGUGUCCUUACCUUAUCAGAAAUGAAUAUCUUAUGUUGAUUCAUUUAUGUCAAA